AUGCCAAAAGUCAAAACGAAUGCAUUUUUAAAAAAAUUAGUGUUAGAAUUUGGUGAAGAAAUUUUUCAAACAGAUGGAUCGAUUGCAAACUUUGUGAAACAAAAGUGUCACAUGAAAAAAAAUAUAAUAUACAACAGCAUGUACGGAGAGAAAAACAUGUUCAAGCUGUUAAAAGACACGAAAAUGAAAAGUCUGCAUUACUUCAACCAUUUUUACAACAGUUUAGUAAGGGGUAGUCAGUCAGAUUUUAAUGCCGAUUUAUGUUCAAUAUUGGUAGCUGUAAAUAUUCCAAUGAAUAAACUAAAUAAUAAACAUUUUCGUGCCAAAUACAUGGUAAUAAAUUCUUUUAUUAAUUUAAAUUAA